AGACCAGCAUUCAAGGCAGACUGUAUCGUGUUGAAAUGUCGUUCAUUGGGAUUACAAAAUCACGGGGGAUCGAAAUCGAAAUAGAAAGUCAGAAGUAGAGGAAAAUUUGUAGAGCUGCUAAAACCCUAGAACCCUGGUUCGGCGAAUCGGUUUAGUGCUCGUCUCACGAAGGAAAGUUUGUUAGCGCUACAUCUGCUCUCCGUGCUUCUCCAAUCGCCUGCGGUCUAUGUGAUGGGAAAUGCUCGUCAGAGAGCUGCACGCAAGAAAUUGGCUCAGUCAGGCGACGGUGGUGAGCCUAACGUAGUGCUGAAGAAGCAGAACUCGGAGAAUCAUGGAGCGGAAGUUUUGGAAUCCGGGAAGAAGAAGAAGAUUAGCGGACCGAAGAAACGUAAGAGAAAUGACGAAGGAGAGAAUGUGGGCAACGAUGACGGAGAAGUCGUUCAGUCCGUUUCCAAUGGGUCUGAGAAAGCUGAGUCUGGGGAUAACUUGAAGGGAACGGGUCAAGGUCCGAAGAGAGCGAAAGAUGAUAAAGCCUCGAAGAAAACUGGGAGUAAACAUCCUCUACGCGUAGCAGGGAUGAGACCCGGUGAAGGCUGCUUCCUGUGCAAGGGUACCGAUCACAUCGCUAAGUUUUGCCCAACGAAAAGCUCCGCAGAUCGGAAGAAGAUGUGUCUCCUUUGUCGGAGAAUUGGACAUACGGUGAAAAAUUGUCCCAGUAGUUUUGGUGGGGCUGAAGACGGUAGUUCCAAAUUCUGCUACAAUUGUGGUGAAAGCGGGCAUCGGCUUUCAGAGUGCAAACAACCGCUGAAAGAUGGAGGGACAGCAUUCGCCGAAUGUUUUGUCUGUAAACAAAAAGGACAUCUUAGUAAAAAUUGCCCAAGCAAUCCGCACGGCAUCUAUCCUAAGGGUGGUUCCUGUAAGCUCUGUGGCGGAGUAACCCAUCUCGCCAAGGACUGCCCUUCGAAGACUGCAGGUCAACGGGAAAAGCUUAAAAUUUCGGUUGAGACAGCAAAGGCUUCGGAACCUGGAGAAAACGGUAAACGUAUCGUGUUUCAGAGUGGUGAUGAUCUGAAUGACGAUUUUGGAGAUCUGGAUUACGGUAGCGAUGGUGAUGUAGCCGAUGACCAAGUCGAUAAUAGGAAAGUCAAUUCAACAAAGAAGUCCAAAAAGCGAACUCCGAAGGCCACUCCAAAGGUCGUGAAGUUCAAAGGCAGUAGCUUAUUGUGAUAGGAAGGGCCAAAGUUUGAUACGCUCAUUGCAAGUUUACUAGUGCCCAAAGUUCUUUGACAUACAGUACUUCGCGUCGUCUGCCUUUCCUGCACGGAGUUUUCAAAGGUUGUAUCGUUCAGAAAGAAAAACAAUGUUCAAGAGAUUGCGGGUACUCGGUCAAAUGUGAUGAUGUUUGGACUAGCCUGUUGUAUUCUGCCAUCCGAAGUUACAGUAUGCCUGGUUUAGUCCAUCGGUUUAGCUUUUUACGGUAUUUAUCUUCAGUUGUAAUGGGUCCUACGUUACUCCCUUGUGGUAAGCAGUUCUCCAUAGUUGAGAUCAUGGGUAUUAGGCAAAUUUUUUGAGCACAUCAUGGUGUUUUAUGCUGUUGUAAGUGAGGAUCAAGCUUGGCUCUCGUUCGGUUGGUAAAAACUUCCUUUUGGUAGGCCUUCAUAGGGAUAUGCCUUUCUUUCGUUUUCUUGUUCGCGGGUAGUUCAAUUAUUCCCUUCAGAGUGGUGUCCAACUUUGUCAUUCUCCUUUCUUUAAAAGAAAGGAGAAAUGACUGAUUGUAAUUCUGCAGCUGGAGUUAUGUAUGUACGAAGGACUAUGUAGUCUCUGGACCAAGUGAUCGGAUUUUCAUGAUGGGAACUAAGUAAGAACAAGCGGUUUGAAUCCCUUUGCACGGUCUCCAUCUGAAAGAGGGAUGGUGCAAUCCAGUCACUGCUGCCUCUUAGAGGAACUCAACUACUUCUCUCUGUUACGAUGCUA